AUGGGAACAUCUAAAGGAGGCCAUGCGCAACCAGUUUUACCCUCAGUCAUUGCAACUCCAAAUGGAGUCGGAGUUUAUUCAUUUGAAACAGAGGAAUAUGACAGUCUUGGAAUACGCGUGAAAUUCAAUGAACUUGCUCGAUUCGCUCCAGACUUGGUUUCCACUGAUCGUCAACGGAUGAAUCGUUUCGAAGGAGGUCUAAACGUUGACCUUCAGGAGAAACUAGCAGCACAUAUGAGCAAAUCCUAUCAGGAAUUAUAUGAUAGGGCCAUCAAUGUCGAACGCAAGACGAAACUUAGAAAGGAAGUGUUUGAAAAUGGUAAGAGGAAAGGAAAACCUCAAGAAGGCCAAUCAAGCAACAGUUUCAACAAGAAGUUGAAUACUGGUCACAUGGAGGAAAAUCGUAAUCAAAGACAAGUUCCUCGGUGCAACAAGUGUAACAAGCAAGGCCAUUGGGCAAGGGAUUGUCGUAAAGGCACCGACCAAUGUUAUCGAUGUGGUAAACAAGGCCAUAUAGUGAAAGAUUGUCCUGUUCAAGAACAACGAGGCCACAACGUGAACAACCAUGGCUUCACAAGGAAUCAAGGGAAUGGACAGAACUCCACUUAUAGCGGCAAUGCGAACAACAAUCGUAAUCCUCCGAGAGGACCUCCACAAGCUGGGAGAGUUUUCAUGAUGCAAAGAGAAGAAGCUGAAGCUGAUGAUACCGUCAUCACUGCUUCACAUUCAUUUAUAUCUACUGCAUUUUCUAGAACUUUGAAUGCAAAACCAUGCCCUAAAUUCUCUGCCAUGUCAGUUUCCAUCCCAAAUGGUGAAUCUAUCUCAUGUGAUGUCAUGUAUAGAAACUGCCCUAUCCUUAUAGGAGGCUAUGAGUUCCUAGUUGACCUAGUUCAAUUUGAAUUAACCGACUUUGAUGUGAUAUUGGGAAUGGAUUGGUUAUCCAAGUACCAAGCCGACAUUAAUUGCCUUAACCAUGAGAUAACCCUUAGAAGACCUGAUGGGUGCAAGGUUUCUUAUCGAAGAAGAAAAGCCAAAUCCCGUAUUAUCUCAACCUCAAAAGUAUUCAAACUACUUGCGAAGGUUGUUACGGAUACCUUUGCAAUGUAA